CGCUGGUCGGUGCAGACUCGGUGGGCCAGAGGGCCUGUUUCUGCAUUGUAUCAAACUAAACUAUCUAUUGAAGUUACAAUAGCGAAGCUUUCAAGCAUAAUCACCAUAUAUGGAUUUACGAGGGUACCAAUUCGCUUUUGUUGCCAGGCUCUAAUGUUACCAAACCAAAGACAAAGUUAAAAACAGACAGUAAAGCCCCUGUCCCACUUUCCAGAGUUACUCACGAAUUCUCCCGAGUUUUCCCCUUGAUUCAAACUCGGAGAAUGUCCGUAGGAGGCCGUAGGAGUCCGUAGAUAUUUAGUAGCGGCUCGUAAUGCCAGCCGCAGGUACUCGGGGCAUCAAACAAGUCAGGACGUUUUUUCAGCAUGUUGAAAAAUGUCCACGAGUAAAAAAUAUAGCCCCGAGUACCCACGGCUGGCUUUUACCGUAAUUCUCCGAGUUUGAAUCAAGGGGAAAACUCGGGAGAAUUCGUGAGUAACUCGGGAAAAUGGGACAAGGGCUUAACUUUGAAAAUACAUUUGGAGUUAAUAGUACUUUGAUUUACCUGUAAGCUCUACCUGCUGAGAAGAUGAAAGUAGUAAUCCUGCAGGUAUUUGUGUGUGAUGUUCAGACAAUUGGGUAAGCUUUUUGUUUUCCUUCAUGAUUAUCUUUUAAUUGCGUUGACAUUUACCAUUAAGAACCGCUGGCAUAUUCCAAUUGUCCUUUGAAGCUGAAAUCCCCGCGGAAGAGGGAGAGAGAAAAUAACGUGCCAUGUUUUGAUUUUAUUUUCAAGGUGGAAAUGAAAAUGUAGACGAAAGUAGAGAGAGAAGAGAAGUCUCCAGCUGGGGAAGGGAGAGUUCUCUCUGCCUGGGUUUCUACCCUCUGGAACACAGAAGCACACAAUGUCAAAGAAGGGUGCUGGCAGCCGAGGUAAGGGAGACAAGCCUGAAGCCUUUGCCACUCUGCAAGCUGCUAAUGAAGAGCUCAGGGCCAAACUGACUGACAUCCAAAUCGAGCUUCAACAAGAAAAGAGUAAGGUUAGCAAAUUGGAACGAGAGAAGAAUCAAGAGGUUAAAUUGAUCAAAGAGCAAGAGCAGCACAAGCACACAGUGUUGGUGACUGAACUCAAAGCCAAGCUGCACGAAGAGAAAAUGAAGGAACUGCAGAUGGUGCGAGAGACUCUGCUCCGGCAGCACGAAGGUGAGCUCCUCAGGGUCAUCAAAAUCAAAGAUACAGAGAACCAGAGAAUCCAAGCACUCGUUAACGCCUUGCGAGAUGGAGCUACCGACAAAGUUAAAACGAUGCUUUACAAUGAAGCCAAGGAAGAGGCUAAGAAGGUAUUUGAGAUUGAGAAAAUAAAACUGCAACAAGAGAUCUCAGAACUGAAGGCAGCUAAGAAGCAAUUGGAAGAUGCUUUAAAUCAGACUAUUCAUGCUGAUAGGUUGAAGGCUGCAGAAAUAAGAAGCUUGUAUCACCUGCACCUAGAGGAGAUCUCCAGGAUAAAGAAAGAUUGUGAAAGAGAGAUUCGUAGGCUGAUGGAUGAGAUAAAAUUUAAAGACAGAGCAGUCUACAUACUGGAAAAAGAGCUGGGGGCUCAGGCUGGGCAUGCUCAGAGACUCCAGCUCCAAAAAGAGGCUUUAGAUGAACAACUUACCCAGGUCAAAGAGGCUGAAGCAUGGGAAAAACGCCAUCUGAGUAGCCCGAAAAGGGAGCUUCCUUUCGCAAGUGGUGCAGGAGACGCCUCAGACCAUUCAGGAAGCCCUCAGUUGGAUGAAAAGGAUACUCGGCGAUUCCAACUCAAAAUUGCUGAAUUAAGUGCAAUCAUCAGGAAACUGGAGGAUCGGAAUGCUCUGCUGUCUGAAGAGCGAAAUGAACUUCUCAAGCGUUUACGUGAGGCAGAAAGUCAGUACAAACCACUCCUGGAUAAAAAGAAACGUCUCAGUAGGAAGAACGAAGAAAUGAGCCAUGCCUUACGACGUAUGGAAAAUAAGCUCAAAUUUCUCACACAAGAAAACAUAAGAAUGAAGGAGAGAGUGGGAGCUAUACGACGACCAAGCUCUCUAAACGACCUGGACCAGAAUCACGAAGAGAAAGAAAUUGAGUUUCUUCGGAUGCAAGUUAUGGAACAACAAAACGUCAUUGAUGACCUUAGCAAGGCUCUGGAGACAGCUGGCUAUGUCAGGAGUGUCAUAGAUCGGGAUAAGCUUCUGCAUUACAGAAAACAAAAGAAGAAAGUUACAAAGGCAAGCAAGAAGCCUGUUGUGGAAACAUUUUUCGGGUAUGAUGAAGAAGCUUCACUUGAUUCAGAUGGUUCAUCUAUUUCAUACCAGACAGACAAGACAGAUCAAACUCCUUGUACACCUGAAGAUGAUCUUGAUGAGGGAAUGGCAAAAGAAGAGACAGAACUUCGCUUUCGACAGCUGACCAUGGAGUAUCAGGCUUUACAGAGGGCCUAUGCUUUGCUACAGGAACAAGUCGGUGGAACUUUAGAUGCUGAAAGAGAAGUGAAGACUCGUGAGCAACUUCAGGCAGAAAACCAACGAUAUCAGACUAAAAUUGAAGACUUGGAGAAGGCUCUGGCACAACAGGGGCAGGAUAUGAAAUGGAUUGAGGAGAAACAAGCACUUUAUCGUUGGAACCAAGAACUCCUGGAAAAGAUUCGGCAAAUGGAGGCUGAAGAAAAUCGCCUGAAGCAUGAGGUGCAGGAUGCAAAAGACCAAAAUGAGCUUUUAGAGUUUCGCAUUCUGGAACUUGAAGAACGAGAGCGGCGCUCACCUGCCAUCAACUUCCAUCAUAUUCCAUUCCCGGAGGAGACUAGUCCUCUUCAGGUCUACUGUGAGGCAGAAGGAGUAACAGACAUAACAAUAACUGAUCUUAUGAAAAAGUUGGAUAUUUUAGGAGAUAACGCCAAUUUGACCAAUGACGAACAAGUGGUUGUGAUUCAGGCCCGGACAGUUUUGACAUUGGCAGAAAAGUGGCUGCAACAAAUUGAGGUGACAGAAUCUGCUCUCCAGCAAAAGAUGAACGAUAUUGAAAAUGAAAAGGAGCUUUUCAGUAAACAGAAGGGUUACUUGGAUGAAGAACUGGACUAUAGAAAACAGGCCAUGGACCAGGCUCAUAAGCGGAUUCUGGAGCUGGAGGCCAUGUUGUAUGAUGCCUUGCAGCAAGAAGCAGGGGCAAAGAUGUGUGAGCUGUUGUCAGAAGAUGAACAGGAGAAGCUGAAAGGAGCGGUGGAACAAUGGAAACGUCAGGUCAUGAGUGAGCUCCGAGAGCGUGAUGCACAGAUACUGAGAGAGAGGAUGGAACUCGUCCACCAUGCCCAACUGAGAAUCAAAGAACUAGAAGAAAGAAUUGAACUACAGAAAAGACAAGUUAAAGAACUAGAAGAAAAGCUUUCAUUCUUUGGUCGUAAUUCUUCCUGGCAGCCGAUAAGGAAGGCCACAAUGAUGGAAAGAAAACUAGAUACUGUAAUAUACAAUCAGAUUAUGGUAUCAUCCCAAGAAGAACCAACUAUAAACCAAGAAAUUAAGUAUUUGAACGAACACCUCAUGAUUCUCUAUGAGGAGCAUCAAAAUUACAUGAAGAAUAUUCAGGGUUCAAUGGCUAUUGUGCCAGAAGUGAUUUGGAGCUUCAAGAACCUUAUCCAUGACUCGGAAGACAAGUUCUGUAAAAAUGCAACAAUACCUUUAAAACAAAUGAAAAAUGUAAAUGGACUGAAAGCAAACAUUUCUAACAAUUUGCCAACGCUGAAAGAUUUUGGAAAAUUGAUUUCCAUGACGGGGGGAGAUGAGCACAGAAGAAUGUACAGCAUGGGUGAAAGAACAGUUUUAAUAUUUAGUGAGUGAAGAAUUGAUCUUAAACUUUCCUGCUGUGCAGGAGACUGAGAAAACUGCUUCAAUAUAGAAGCAUGGCUUCCAUCCAUCACUCAUUCCCACUUCAUACACAUUGCUACAUCAGUAAUUUGUUGCAGCUACAGAAGCUGCAACAGAUUGACAGACAAAGACUUCUAACAAGUGGGUGAAGAUAAUUUAUUAUUGAACACGAAUUGUUCUUGUGUUGAACCAUAUAGAUGUCACUGCAGAGACAUGGAUGAAUUGUGCACAUGUAUUAUUAACCAGUCGUUCUGCACUGAAAUGAAAGUAGUCCCAGGUAGAACAAAUAUGACACGCUGCUAUGUUCGAGCUGUUGCCUCUGAAGCAAGAAGAUAAAUUCAAAGAUGGCACAAAAAAAGUGAAUAGGUUAGAUUAAUUUUUUUAAACAUUUGAAUUUAAUGUAAAAUUGCUAAUAGUUUACAAAAGCAGGCAUUUGAAGGUAAUACUUGAAGACUUUGGGGCUUAGCUCAUACUGUAUAAUUCCCAGCAAAUAUAGAGGGACCCAGAGUCAUGAUGAAUUUUCCAAAGAAAGGGAACUAUAUGAUUUCAAGAUUUAAAAUAAAAGCCAAAAUAUAAAUAGAAAAUAUACUUGGAACGAUAUGCAAUCGGAAUGUGGAGAAGAUUCAGCCAAACAAGUAGUAGAAGAAAAUCAAGGGGAUGAUUGGAAUGUAGUUUAGGUUUAUAAACCAAACAAGCCAUGUUGUCACUUUAAGAUAAAUGAUGUACCAUUGUCACAAAGAAAAUAAUCCUGACACAAGAAGCAAAACUGCAAUUGUUAACAUUUUAAUGAAGUGCAUACAACACAGGAGAACUGAAUUGGAAGAUUUUAAUUUGCAUCCCACCUCACAUGGCACAAGGUGGAUUUUUUUCCUCUCUAAGAUAACAAUCAGAAAGGAGAACUGAUAUUCAAAGGGACGGGAUUAAUGUAUGUGAAUUCAAUCAAAUAAAGUGGCACCCUCCUGGAAUUUGGCACUUUAAAUAAUCAACACAGGGAUGAAAACUAUCGCAAUAUCAAACCAUCUGAUAAGAAACCAUCGCAAGGCCAUUUAUCCAACCAGAUGUUUGAAUGUAAAGUACAUGCAUUGAAGGCGAUGUCAGAAGUAAGCUGGAAGCAGACGGGGAGGCAUCCAUCAUUCUCUCACCAAAAUAACAGCCACGAUGGACAUGGAGAAGGUUUGUUCAGAAUUGGGGAAGGGUCCAGUCCUGUGUGUAAUAAAGAGCAACUCAGCGGGACGGGCAGCAUCUCUGGAGAGAAGAAAUGGGUGACGUUUUGGGUCGAGAUCCUUCUUCAGACUGAGAGUCAGGCUUUCUUUAUGAUUGCAUCAAUGGACUGGGUCCUGGUCAGACCUUCAGAGAUGUACAUGCCCAGGAAAUUAAAGAUGUUGACUCUCUCUACCACUGACCCAUCAAUCAAAGCAGGAUGAAUUUCCCUUCAAUACGGGCAGAAACUGCUGGAACUACUCAUCAUGUCAAGUAGCAUCUGGGGAAACAAAAACACGGGAACAGAAUAUAUCGCUGUUUUCAGCCUUAUUUCUGAAGACACACAAAAACUGUAUGAAUCAACUCUAUUAUUAGUAGAAUGCAGAGGGGCAAGAUCCAGGCCAUUAUUUCGCAAGCCGUACUGACCCCUUACAUUCCAUACAAUUUCCCUGCUUACUUCAAAUUACUGUUAUUUCCCUUGAUAUGCCUUUGCUACACCAGGGUCCAAUACAUGCAUGAACUGAUCUGCCAACAAAGAUACGUGCAUUCUUCCCGAUGAAUAUCAGAAAUAUUCUAGUUUUUAUAUUUAAUCAUUGCAAAGAAGCCACAAAUUACCAUUAAUUGUAAAUUGAAAGAUCACUAUUAAAAACAAAAAGAAGAAAAUCAGUACAUUCUCAUACGAUUCACAGAAAAGAUGCAUAUUAUUGAAACAUUUUUAUAUACUAAAUAAUGUCAUAAUUUAUGAUGUCAAAAAGAUUUCACCUCUUUUGUCAGUUGUUUACAAAUGUCUAAAAAUAUAUGGUUGUGUGUUGGAAGAAACCAAUGUAAUGAAAGAGAGCGUUUGGCUAUUAAAUUCAGAAAUUAUAAGCAGCCAUUUUGUUCAAAUGCCUUGACUUAAAACGAGACCACAGAAAGGAAAUGGCAAAGGAAGACCACUCCUCUGAAACCACACAGUUGAUCAAGGCAUUCUGUGUCGCCAAUAAAAUUGGAUGACAUUUGGAUUAUGUAAACAAACCACUGUGGAUAAAUCAGUGACAAGCUGACUUGGUGAAAAGGUUUUAUCAGGCCAUGCUUAUGCAUGUUGUAUAUAUGUGUGUGGCAGUUUGUCAGAGUAGUCACUUAUGCAACAAAAAUGAUAGCUGUUCACAAUAGGAAAGUUUCGACAACAAAUGUACAGGAGAAACCAAUAGAGCAUGAGAUGGUUUUCAGUGAUAGACAGAUUUGAGUUUUUUUUAAUUAUUUCUCUGUACAAAAGCAAAAUGUAUUGUGUACAAAAAAAAAAGUGUAGUGGAAUUCACUUUUAAUACACUUUGUAAAGAAUUGUCUGUCAUUUUAUUGAGUUUUGUUUUCACCAUUUGAAUUGUCUAAACUAAACUCCAUUUAAAUAUUGAUCCAAGUUUCAAACUAUUGAAACAUAGGAGGAUGGGGGGAGAUCAUACAGAGGUGUAUAAAAUCAUGGGAGGAAUAGAUCGGGUAGAUGCACAGUGCUUCUUGCCCAGAGUAGUUGAAUCGAGGACCAGAGGACCAGAGGACAUAGGUUUAUGGUGAAGGGGAAAAGAUUUAAUAGGAAUCUGUGGGGAAAUGUUUUCACACAAAGGGUAGUGGGUGUAUGGGACAAGCUGCCAGAUGAGGUAGUUAAGGCAGGGACUAUCCCAACUUUUAAGAAACAGUUAGACAGGUACAUGGAUAGGACAGGUUUGGAGGGAUAUGGACCAAACAUGGGUAGGUGGGACUAGUGGAGCUGGGACAUGUUGGUCUGUAUGGGCAAGUUGAGUCGAAGGGCCUGUUUCCACACUGUAUCAUUCUAUGACUCUAUUAAAUGAUACCCACUAAAUGUUUUCCACUAAACAUUUGUUUGUUAUAUGGAUUAAGCGAUUAAAAGUUCAUUCAAAAUAAGGAAAUAUACCCAGUAUUAUGAAGCCUUCAGAGAACUCCAGAGUGCCUUACCUGGCUUGUUAACAAAAAAAAUCAAGAACUUUUAAAGAGGUGCAUUUUUAAUAAAGCUUUUGCUGUGGUGUAGCAAAGCGAGGCAAAUGUAACACUUAUUAGUUUGGGUAUUUGAAAACCAAUUAAGUCCAACACUUUAAUGAUGUCAACAUUAAAAUAUUGUUAUGUUUCAGCACUAAUUUUAUUUGCAUGAUGAAUGGAUUUAGUUUAGACUCAGGAAAUCAUGCUGUGAAUAUGUGUAAUGAAUCAGAAAAUCUUGACUUCUUGUACAUAUUUAUAUUGUAACAUUAUUCAGAAAUAUGACUUAUGAAGAUAGUGCCACUUGUGGCCAUUAGGCCAUUGGUCUCCAAUUCAUGUGCUCAGUAAGGUAUUCUCUGUAUACUCAUAUCUUAGAUAUUUAUUAUUUUGUUUCUGUACUAAAACAGUAAUUUGCUGUCCCAAAGUAAGCACUAUAUGUUGAUCAGCUACAAAUUUUACACAUAUUUUUGUAUUGUGAUUCAUGUAUAUUAGCAGAUCUUUCUAUCCAUUUGUAAAAUACAUAUAUUAUUGUAACUUUUUAAAUAAAAAAUAUUGUUUUAAAC